AUGCCUGUUGCCAGGUUAAUUGAUGAUGCCGGUCUGGCUGUUAAUGAAGGGGAUGGAAAUGUUUUUAACGAUGCAACUUCACAAAGUGAUGGGGAUAAAGCCAUGUCUAUUAAUUGUAGCUAUCAGAAGGUGUCUGUUUCUACUACGUAUCCAGAAGGAGGUGCUAGACAUAAAACUCAAAAUAACAACACUGUUGCAUCCUCUCUGGUUUUUCCUGAGCUACCAGUCUCAGUGAAGUUAUUGCAAGUGUCAGCAAGAGGAUGCUGUAUGAACAGGAAUUUCAUUUCCAUUGUGAAUUCAGUAAUUGAUGUUACUUCUCUGAGAGUUUGGACAACCCUAAAUAAGAAAGGAGACACUUCUUCACAGCUGCUAUUUACAAUGGAGACUUUCAGUAGUAGAUUUUCUCCUGAAACCUCAGAUUUUGGUGUAUCCUUGGAUAACAUUGACUUCCGAGCCACUAGAGUGGAUUUUUUACCCCCACAUACAGAUUAUGCCCUGGAUUUUGACUAUGCUGAUUGCAACAUAUCUGCCAAAGUAAGCAUUCCUAAAGACGCAAUGAGAAAACUAAGUAACCAAACAAACUUAGUUACCUUUGCAAGUACAACACUUGGCAGCAUCUUACCAACAUCAUAUAAGGGAGACUCUGACAAUUCUGUGAAAUAUGUGGCAAGUGAUCUUGUCAUUGCAACAACAGCUUCACCUAGUGAUGUAAACAACCUACAGCUCUCAUUUCAAGGGCCAAAUUAUUCUGUUCAGACACCUUUAUGUGUAUUCUGGGAUUUUGCACUUAACGGAAAUCAUGGCGCAUGGAAUGAUUAUGGAUGCUAUCCUCAAAUACUAGGAAGUGAUGUAGUGUGUACAUGUGAACAUCUAACAUCAUUUUCAAUCCUGAUGUCAAUAAAGAAUGUGGACUCCAGGUCUUUAGAUUAUCUGACUUUUGUUGGCCUUGGUGUCUCAAUGGCAAGUAUAGUCCUGUGCCUUUCUACAGAAAAAAUUGUUUGGAAGUGGGUGACCAAGAAUAAAACGUCCUUUAUGCGACAUCUUUCAAUUGUGAACCUAGCAAUUACUCUCCUAAUUGCUGAUAUGUUCUUCAUUGCAUCAUCAGUUACUAAGCCUCAGACCAAGACGUGCACAGCUGUAGUUUUUAUAAUUCAUUUUUUUUAUCUUGCCAUGUUUUUUUGGAUGCUUGUCUUAGGUCUUAUCAUUUUCUAUCGCCUUGUAUUUAUAUAUCAUGAUAUGAAAUUGCACAUUAUGAAGAAAAUAGUAUUCACUAUUGGCUAUGGCUUUCCAACAGCAAUUGCUGUUUUUACCAUAGUUUCCACUUACCCUAAGAAUACUUACACACGGAAAAGUUCCUGCUGGCUGAACUGGGAUGAAAGUAAAGCUCUCCUUGCUUUUAUUGCACCUGUCUUGCUUAUUGUCACAUUUAAUCUCAUCAUUGUACUGGUUGUACUCAGCAAAUUGCUGAGGCCUUCUGUGGGAGAUAAGCCCCAGCACACGGAAAGGAAUACCCUGGUCCAGGUUGCUAAAAGUAUUGCUAUUCUUACUCCAUUCUUAGGCCUGACAUGGGGAUUUGGAAUAGCAAUGGUGGUGGGAAACAACAGUUAUGGAGUCAACAUGAUAUUUACUCUACUUAAUGCAUUCCAGGGGCUCUUUAUUUAUGUUUUUGGAAUUCUCCUGGAUCAUUCUGUGUAUGAUAUACUAAAGAAAAUGGUAUCGUUGUCAAAAUCAAGCCCAGAGGAAAGUAAGACGCGCAUUAGUCUGAAGGAAAGAAAGUCUGAAACUGAACAGUGUAAGAAACUUUGCUGUGUGGAAGAUAUAUCUAGUUAA